AUGGCGGGCGGCAAGACGCACACGCACAAGGCCUUCCUGCUCUGCAACUACGCGCUGCUCGGCGCCGCCUCCAGCUGCAUCUUCCUCACGCUGUCACUCCGCCUCCUGCCCACGCCCUGCGGCCUGCUCCUCGUCUUCCUCCACGCCCUCACCGCCGUCUUCUCCGCCGCCGGCUGCUCCGGCUCCUUCACCGCCGGCCCGGCGCCCUGGCACACGGCCCACACCGCGGGCGCCGCGCUCACGGCCAUCUUCCAGGGCGCCGUCGCGCUGCUCGCCUUCACCCGCACCGCCGACUUCCUCGCCGAGCUGCAGUCCUACGUCCGCGACGACGACGGCGCCGUCAUCCUCAAGAUGGUCGGCGGCCUCGGCACCGCCAUCUUCGUCCUCGAGUGGGCCGCCCUCGCGCUCGCAUUCUCCCUGCGGCUCGAUGACGAUGCCGAGGAUUACAGCGGGGACGACGACCUCCGACGCGCCAAGAACUGGGCCGACUCAUACCAUGUCUGA